CGUACCGUAUCCAGUGUCAAGAUGAAAUCGUUCGUGCUUCUAGUAGCUCUGUUUGCCGCGGCCAGCGCCAACAUCGACAUCGACUGGUCGAAGGUUCGACCGAUCGAGGAGUUCGAUCACUACUGGGAGCGUCUGCCGGCGGAGAUGCAGAUCUACCGUAAGAUGCUUCCGUCGCACCGUAUCGUCAACGGCCAGGAGGCGACACCCGGUCAGUUCCCGUACCAGAUCGCUCUGCUGAGUGAGUUCGUGAUCACGAGCGGCCUGUGCGGAGGUUCGGUCCUCACCAACAACUUCAUCCUGACUGCUGCUCACUGCGUUGUCGGAACGGCCGGUAUUCUGGCGUCCGGUGGUACUGCCAUCAUCGGUGCCCAUGAUCGCAGCACCGUAGAACCAACCCAGCAGCGCAUCCGGUUCUCGGGCCCGGGAGUCAUUCCCCACCCCUUCUACACCUCAGCCAACAUCCGUAACGAUAUUGCCUUGGUGCGUCUGGAUGCUCCAAUCGUCUUCAACGCCCGCGUGCAGCCAGUGCGUCUGCCCGCCCGUUCGGACUCUCGCCAGUUCGGAGGAUUCCUUGGAACCGUGUCCGGAUUCGGACGUACGUCCGAUGCUAGCCAGGCCACCUCGAAUGUCGUGAUGUUCACGACCAACCCGAUCAUGACCAACGCAGACUGUAUUGCCAGCUGGAACGCUGUGCUGAUCGAACCUCAGAACGUGUGCCUGAGCGGAGAGGGUGGUCGCUCGGCCUGCAACGGUGACUCCGGUGGUCCGCUGGCCGUUCAGGAAGGUGGAAGCCUCCAGAUCGGUGUUGUGUCGUUCGGAUCUGCUGCUGGUUGUGCCGUCGGUAUGCCGUCGGUGUACGCCCGUGUGUCGUUCUUCCUGGGAUGGAUUGAGGCCAACUCGGACUUUGUCGCGACUGCUUAAAUCUGAAUGAUCUGCGAUAUGAGUUGCUUAAGGGUAACAUGUAAAUAAAAGCUUAGCCUCUAAAUGGAA